AUGUCUUGUACCCCACCCCGGCGUGGAUUACAGGUAUGGGUGUUACACGAACUUUUGAAGUACUAUGACUGUACCAUCCAAUACCAUCCGGGUAAGGCUUAUGUGGUGGUAGAUGGAUUGAGUAGGAACUCCAUGUCUGAGUUGAGGGCAUGGGUUGCUAGAUUGAGUUUAUUUAAUGAUGGGGGUCUACUUAUGGAUUACACUGUAGAACCACAUGUGAAACUAUUUGAAGAGGGUAAAACUUCAAAUUUCGCUUUUAGCUCUGAUGGAGUUUUGUGUUAUUGUGGGAGAUUCUGUAUGCCUUCUGAUUCUGAGUUGAGCCAGUCCAUACUUCGGGAAGCGCAUAGUAACCCUUACGCUAUGCAUCUUAGAGGUUGUAAGAUGUAUCGGGAUUUUUUUGAACAAUACUGGUGGCCAAGACUUAAACGUGAUGUGAUGGACCUUAUGGCAAGAUGCUUAAUGUGCCAACAAGUCAAGGCUUAA